AUGGGUGAUGAAAACGCCAACAAUGGGGCUAAUCCCCCAACCAUGGAGCAGAUCAUGGCUGCCAUGAGAGAAGAGAUGAGGGCUGUUGUAGGAGAGCUUGGUCAGCAGAUCAACACUCGUUUGAACCGGUUGGAGCAACCUCCAAGGAGAGGUCCACGCCGCAAUCAAAACCCCAUCCCUGAAGAUGAAGGUGGAGAGCAUGAAGAUGAUGAGAGCAUGCCGAGUCUUGAUGAUGAUGAUCCCCUCCAGAACCGCAAUCCUAGGAGACAGGAUCCACUUAGACACAACCGAGCUAGAGAAGCUCAUCAUAGAGAGCACAACAAAGAUAUUAAAAUUGUUCCUCCUACUUUUACAGGAAAGUCUGAUCCAGAAGCUUACAUGGAUUGGGAGAAGCGAUUAGAGUACAUCUUUGAGUGUUAUGGCUAUGGAGAACACAAGAAGGUUGCCCUAGCCGCUGCUCAACUCACCGAGAAUGCACUUGCUUGGUGGGACAGGAAUGUAGCUGAGAGGAGAAGGAACCGCUUUGGAGCAGUCACAACUUGGGCUGACAUGAAAUAUCUUCUAAGGUUAAGAUAUGUUCCUGAUUAUUAUCAUAGAGACUUACAAAAACGUUUUCGCAAGUUGUCUCAAGGUAAUAGGUCAGUCGAGGAAUACUUUGAAGAGUUUGAGAAGCUGAUGAACUCACUGGAGUUACAAGAAUCUGAGGAAGCUUUGAUGGCUCAGUUCAUUGAUGGUCUUCAAGAGCGUAUCUCCAGGAAGGUUGAGAAGCAAAUAAAGCGUAAGACCGUCACUAGUAGGUCUAGAAACUCACAACCUUGGACUUCUAAUGUCAACAAGCCAAAUGACAAAGGUAAAGCCGUAGAGAUUGAUUCUCGGUUCAAGGGUAAGGGUGAUGAUUCAAACAAGGGUCCUAGACAAGAUCAAAACAAAGGUACUAACAAUCAAAGAGCUAGAGAUGUUACUUGUUUUAGAUGUCAGGGACGAGGUCACAUGGCUAGGGAGUGCCCAAACCAACGAGUCAUGACUAUCACCACCAAUGGAGACUAUGAGUCUCAAGAUGAAUCCGAAAUGGAAGCAAUGGACUCUGGAGAAGAAGUAGAGUAUCUGGAUACUGGAGAGUUGUUGGUCACUCGGAGAGUACUAAGUACAAUGACCAAUCCUGAAGAGAAAGCUCAAAGAGAGAAUCUCUUCCACACUCGCUGCACCAUCAAAGCUAAGUAUAUGGUGGACAGGUUAGGUCUUGAGACAAACAAGCACCCUCGGCCUUAUAGAUUGCAAUGGUUAGACAACAAGACUGAGCUGAAGGUCACGGAGCAAGCAAAGAUAUCUUUUAGUAUUGGUAAGUACCAAGAUGAAGUAGUGUGUGAUGUGGUACCAAUGCAAGCCGGUCACAUCCUGCUGGGGAGACCUUGGCAAUUUGAUAGAGCCACCUUCCACAAUGGACGCACCAACUACUACUCUUUCAAGUUCAAGGACCGUAAGUACAACUUAGCUCCUUUGUGCCCAUCUGAGGUGCAUGAGUUACAAACUAAGAUGAACAAGGAAGACCAGACCUUGAGUGCUCAAGGCACUGUACUACUAAUGGUUUUAAAAGAAUGUUUAAGUACAGGAAGCUCAGAAGCUCAACAAAUUCCUAAACCAGCUCAAGCCGUGCUAGACAAGUUUCAAGACUUGUUCCCUGAAGAGAUCCCAGCUGGAUUACCUCCAAUCAGAGGGAUUGAGCACCAGAUUGAUCUCGUGCCAGGUUCAGCUUUUCCAAACAAACCAGCAUACAGAAUGAAUCCAGAGGAGACCAAGGAGCUAGAAAAACAAGUUCAAGACUUGAUGAACAAAGGGUACAUCCGAGAGAGUCUAAGCCCAUGUGCAGUACCAGUUCUUCUAGUUCCCAAGAAAGAUGGAUCAUGGAGGAUGUGUAGCUUAGAAGAACAUCUAGAGCAUCUAGAACUUGUGUUGCUUACACUUCGGAAGGAAGGCUUUGUAGUGAGUAAACAGGGUCUACAAGUGGAUGAGGAGAAGAUCAAGGCUAUACAAGACUGGCCUAUCCCAACCUCUAUUGCACACGUUAGAAGCUUCCAUGGUUUAGCUAGCUUCUACAGGCGCUUUGUAAGGGAUUUCAGUACCAUAGCUGCUCCCUUGACUGCUGUGAUCAAGAAGAAUGUUCCUUUCUCAUGGGGAGAAUUACAAGAAGCUGCUUUAAAUGCCUUGAAGUACAAGCUAACUCACGCACCAGUAUUAGCUCUACCUGACUUUGACGAGAUGUUUGAGGUAGAGUGUGAUGCAUCCGGAGUGGGUAUAGGAGCCGUGCUUCAUCAGAGGAAGAAACCAGUAGCCUUCUUCAGUGAGAAACUAAGUGGAGCAACUCUCAACUACCCCACUUAUGACAAAGAGCUUUACGCUUUGGUUAGAGCUUUGGAGACUUGGCAACAUUACCUAAGGUCUAAGGAGUUCAUUAUUCACACUGAUCAUGAGACUCUCAAACACCUAAGGGGCCAGACUUCACUCAAGAGGAGGCAUGCUAAGUGGUUGGAAUUCAUUGAGACAUUUCCCUACGUGAUCAAGUACAAGAAGGGGAAGGAAAACGUGGUAGCUGAUGCCUUAUCAAGAAGACAUGCUUUGAUCACCACUAUGGAUGCUAAGGUGCUAGGGUUUGAGCACAUUAAGGAGCUAUACAAAGAUGACCCGGAGCUGAAAGAAGCAUACCAGAAUUGUGGAAAAGGGGCUUUCCAUUCUUAUCAUUUGCAUGAAGGGUUUCUAUUUAGAGACAAGCGUUUGUGCAUUCCCCAAAGUUCCAUGAGAGACCUUAUACUUCAAGAAGCACACGGUGGAGGUCUAUGGGUCAUUUCGGAGUAG